AUGCGUCUGUCUGUGAUUUUGCAUCCCUUCGCCUGUCUGUAUGUCGGUGUGUCGGUCAACCUGUUCCUCUUUAUGCGUCCUAUCCGUCCCGAGUCAAGGUUUCCGCCCCAUAAGCCGGCAGCAUUUCAUCAUGUCGUUGUCGGCUGGCGAAGCCGAACCCAGCGGAGCUUCAUGAAGUCAGUAAUUUGGCGCGGAUGGCACAAAUGUGAGAUCUUUUCGUUUGUUUGUUUAAGGCAAACCCAGGUUUUGCUGCCGCGUACCGAGAGCCAUCUUGUGACGUGUCAAGUUUAA